UCCGCGUCCGCUUGUUGUUCCCCGGUUGGCGGCGUCUUUGUCGACUUCUCUGCACUAUGUCCAGUGCCCUCCCGAAGGUGCUGCGCAGCGACUCCUAUGUGGAACUCAGCGAGUACCGGGACCAGCAUUUCUGGGGUGAAAUUGAAGAACAGGAGAAAUUACUGAAGAAAAGCUGUACCUUGUAUGUUGGAAAUCUUUCCUUUUACACAACUGAAGAACAAAUCUAUGAACUCUUCAGCAAAAGUGGUGACAUAAAGAAAAUCAUUAUGGGCCUGGAUAAAAUUAAGAAAACACCAUGUGGUUUCUGUUUUGUGGAAUACUAUUCAAGAGCAGAUGCAGAAAAUGCCAUGCGAUAUAUAAGUGGAACUCGUCUGGAUGACCGGAUGAUUCGCACAGACUGGGACGCCGGCUUUAAGGAGGGCAGGCAGUAUGGCCGUGGAUGGUCAGGAGGCCAGGUACGAGAUGAGUAUCGACAAGACUAUGAUGCUGGGAGAGGAGGCUAUGGAAAACUGGCCCAAAACCAGUCAGUAGUUAAGAAACCCCAUCAUGAAAAAUUCACUCCUUCAGCCUGCUGAAUUUGAUGUACAUUACCCAAGGUCUGCAAAUCUGCCAUUUUUACAAAUCUUUGAUCAAUGUCUCUACUAAGCUAAGCCAGAAGCCACUUCAUGGUUUUCCUCUGAAAAUCAUUAAAGGAUAGAAUCCAAAAGAAUGCCUUUAAUUCUAGUCUUAUAAUAUUGGCCAUGUGUGAGGUUACCAGAAUGAUUUUCUUACUAGGUCAAAAAUCGUGUUCCUUGGCAACAGAGUUUAUCUAUAGUGUUGAUUUAUCAGCUCUAAACACUAUACUUCUUUUUUUUUAAUCCUCACCCGAGGACAUUUUUUUUUUUUUCCAUUUUUUGUUCAGAUAGAAUGGGAGAGGGA